UGACACCACUUUGACACUUCAAAAGUGGGACGUGUCAGAAAAAGUUUCGUGGACUUUACUUUAAAUUUUAUUGUUUAUUUCUUAAUCAAAUCGUUUUAAAAAUACUUGUGUAUAGCCUAAUUGAAGACUGCUUAACCGUGUUUCAUUUGAAAACGAUAGUGAACAUAUAGCAACAGAAAAUCACGUAAAAAACCGACUUAAAAUCGUGUUAGUUUACGAACAUAAACAAAGACUUCUUCCGAUGAAAACAAUACAUGUGUUAUUUAUCUACGCGUGUGGUAAUGAAUGAGGGGUGCUCGUGGAGAUAUUUCUAAAGUUAACUCCAAGAAGAAGCCUUCGAAAAUGACGAAUGUGAGCCGGGAUGCGCCUAUCGGCAUUCAAACCUUACAGAGAUUGUCUUCAUACUUUUGUCCGCGAUUACGUUUCAAUAGAUUAAGAUGCUACCAGAUCUCCGUGCUAGUCCUGACAUACUUCACGUACAUGACGUACCACCUCACCCGCAAGCCCAUCUCCGUGGUGAAGGCGGUUCUGCAUCAGAACUGUAGCGCUCUGGAGCCCCCAGCAGGAACCGAUCCGAAGGACGAUGAGUGGUGUAAUUGGGCGCCGUUUAACACGACCGACGCCAACACGCUGCUCGGGGCGAUGGACUCCGCGUUUCUGUUCUCUUAUGCCGGAGCCAUGUUUGUGUCAGGCAUGGUAGCAGAGCGAGUGGACCUCCGCUACUACCUGUCAUUCGGCAUGCUGAUCUCUGGUAUAUUCUGCUACCUGUUCGGCCUCGCCAAGACCUACAACAUACACCACAUUACUUACUAUCUGUUUGUUCAGGCGGGCGCCGGCAUAGCGCAGACGACGGGCUGGCCGGGCACGGUGGCGACGGUCGGCAAGUGGUUCGGCAACUCCAAGAAGGGACUCAUCUUCGGCAUAUGGAACUCGCACACUUCAUUGGGCAAUAUAUUAGGUACAGUAAUAGCGGCAGAAUACGUGGAAUCAGACUGGGCACUCUCGUUCAUCUACCCGGGUCUGGUGAUGGGUGUGAUGGGCGGAGUCGUGUUCCUGUUUCUGGUGCCGGAGCCUAAGCUGGUUGGGCUGGAUAUAGGCCCUGAGCAAAGCAGAACUACUAGAAGGUCCAUAGAAGAGGACGAACCCUCCCAAGUCAUAGUGGGAGACCAAGCGGCCAGCUUGCGACCGAACCGGCACUCCGCGAACAGUCCAGCUCAGAACAUCCAAGACGCGGACGAGCAAACCUCGCUCCUCUCCCGUCGGUCAUCCUCGGGCUCGCUCGGCACAUCUGCCGUCUCGCUCACUCGCGCGCUGGCCAUACCCGGCGUGAUGGAGUUCUCUCUCUCGCUCUUUUUCGCGAAGCUAGUCAGCUAUACGUUCCUGUAUUGGCUGCCGAAUUAUAUUAAUAGUAGUGCCCACCUCACACCGAAGCAGUCGGGUGACCUCAGCACGGUGUUCGACGUGGGCGGCGUGUGUGGCGCGAUACUGGCCGGGCUACUGGCUGAUUGUAGCGGCUGUCCCGCGCUCGUGUGUGCUGGGUUUUAUACUCUGUGUGCUCCGGCUUUACUAGCCUACCUCACGUGGGGAGCCACGUCGUACGGUGCGAACCUGUGUCUGCUGAUCCUGUCGGGGCUGCUCGUGAACGGACCCUACGCGCUCAUCACCACUGCCGUUAGUGCUGAGUUGGGCACUCACAGCAGUCUGGCUGGUAACUCGCAAGCUCUGGCCACUGUGACGGCGAUUAUAGACGGAACUGGCAGCGUCGGAGCGGCGAUCGGGCCGAUGCUGGCGGGUGUCGUGUCCAGUUCGCUGGGCUGGUCCAGUGUCUUCUACUUCUUGAUAGCUUGCAACUUCAUGGCUUUGUUCUUGCUGCUACGAAUAGUAAAAUCGGAGAUUAUAAAAUACAGACAAGACAGAAGAAUACUGUUAGGCCGAGGAGUGCGGAUAGAAUGAAAUUUAAAUUAAAUAAAUAUAGACAAAUUGUGAGUUUUAUAACGACAUAUUUUACAUUCGUAAUAACGAAGGGUCAACACACUGUAAUGUUGCCCUGGUUAAAUAGUUACUAUUUUUUAAGUUACCUGUGGGAUAUGAAUUAUACUGCAACUGUCUAAAAUAAUUUUAGGGAUUGUCAGAAUAAAUUAUAUCCAACAGAUAACCUUUACCAAAAUAUUGUGAAGCAGUAAUCUUAUUUCCUGUUACUACAAGAUCAAGAAUGAAUGUAAUUUAUGUAAAAUAAAAUAUAAACGGAAUAGUCAUAUAUUUUUUUUCGUGCACUAAAAUGUCACGGACCUGCGUGUUUCAAAAUAUGAAUAAAUAUUGAAUCCGUAAUGAAUUUACGAUAUAUCACCCGCAC